AAAACGCGGGAAACCGCCAAACUUCCCCGCUCCCGCGCGACCGCCGAGAAGCCACCAACAAUGGAGCAAUGGCUGCCGCUGUUCCGCUACCUCCUCGCCUCUCCGGCCCCCAACGCCGCCGCCUUCUCCUCCUCCUCCUCCGGCGACGUGCAGUGCCCCAGCUCGCCUCCUACAGCCGCCGCUCUCCUCCGCCUCCUUCUCUCCCCGGUUCCCACGCUCCCGGCUUCCGACCCCCCCGCCGUCCUCUUCCAGACCCUGCCGCCGUUCGUGCAGUCGCAGGCGCUCUCGUUCCUCGCCUCCUCCGUUAGCCUCCUUGACCCCGCUCUCGUGCGUUCGCUCGCUACACGCGUCCUCUCCGCGCCAUCUGGGAGGCACGACUUCUGGGCCCGCCGCGGCGCCCGCCACCUGCUCGACGGGUUGUCCCAGGGAGGCGGCGUUGAUGCCCCCGGGGAUUCUCUUGAUGAGUUCCACGAGCCUCCGCCGUGGCUUAAAGAAGCGGCGGCGAGGACACGCCCUUCUCUUCCAUGGCUACCUCUUGAGUGGCGCAGCGUCAAUGCGAGCAAUGUCUCAAGUGGUGGGGAUGGUUUUGAUAAGGUUGGCUUGGAGUCUUUAGUGUUGGAGAAAGAAGAGGAUUCAGAGAUGCAGGAGGCUGAGUGUGUUCCAUCGCUCUCGGCUCCUUCUCUUGGGACUCAGUCCUUGCACAGGGCUCUGGCUCUACAGAAGGAGAUUUUGAUGGCAGAAUCAAUUUUGGUAGCCCAGCGUGCGGCAAAAGAUUUGCAGCAGCUCUGUGUCGAGUCCGGGAAUGCUGAGGCUGUCCUUAGCAUAGUUCAGCCAUGGAAAGCCGAUGAUGAUACCGUGAGGGUUCUGCUUUCCAGUUUAGUGCUUGACGGAGAUGGAAUGCGUGGAAAAGAGCCAGCUCUUAUGCUGUGUUCUCUUUUCUUGCCAAAGUUACUAAACCUUCAAAGACCUGUUUCCUCAGUUCUUCUUGCUGCUGCACUAGAUCUCUGCAAACGCCACCCAGCUGCUGCAUUGGAGGCUGUCCUCUUCCCACUAGUUCUCAGAAAAGAAGGGCUUACUGUUCCUCAGUGCGAUGUGGUCACACGAAUUGUCAAGGAUGGCAUGCAUCCAUUGCAUGUCACUGCCUUCUGCCAUAGGUUGCUUUCAGGGGAUGAGAAGGAACGGAUACCAAUUUGUAUGCCUGAGCACCAGGAAAACAUUGGUAGUAAUUUGGUCUGGACGGAAUCCCUCUUUGCUCUGUUGUACAGCAUACUGAAUCAAGAUAUAUGCUUGACACCAAGCACCAUGGAAAAUCUAGUGUCUGUGAUGGAUGAGAUGGCAUCCAAGUUCUCGAAAUCACUGAAAUUUGGUAACUUUCUUCUUUGCUUCAUCUCGAAAUGUUGGCGUGAGUCUAAAAUUCACAGAGUUCUGCUAGAGGGAGCUGCUGAGAAAACGGAUACUUUCCUGACUAAAGCUAUAUUAGCAAAACUGCGAACUGCAAAUUGAAAUGUGCCCUUAAAAACUUCAAAGUGCACAGCUGGUGAGUCUACUUUUCCAUUUGGAUUAUCUAAGGCAUGUGAUUUUAUGAAAGGAUUGUUACUUAGAUCGUGAAAAUAGAUAAGCUUUUUUCUUUUGUAAGAAACCAUAUGAGAAUUAUUCCUAUAUGA